ACUCUUCAAUCUACUCAAUUCCACGGUGACGGCACAACAGAUUUGGAGGCCACCGACGACCGGACAAAUGUGGUUGUUGCCGUAGAGGUAAGGUUUUCUACGGUAUCCAUAUUAUCCGCGGUCACGAGGCUAAGGCGCUCCCAGUCCCAAAUCUAGACUCGCCUGGAGCGUUGUGGGUGGGGGACAAGAAGCGGCCAGAUUUGUACUCGCCUGGACGUUCUUCUCUUCUCCAACUCAGCCUCUCUUCAUGGUCGCUUCAUUCUCUUCUCAACCAACCACAAACCCCCAGGGCCUGUAAUUCUCUACCAUCGUAGAUGUGGGUUUUUGCAGAAUUCUGUGAUUGGCUGGAACUUGAGACGUCGGUUUGUUGAAUUCGCUAGGCUAAUGUUUGAUAGAAUGACAAAGUGAGACUCGAUUAGGUAGUUUUGCUGUUGCUAGUGGAGGAGAGGAAUAUGAUUCAUCUACAAUUGAUCAACAACCUCUUAUCUUGAUCAAACAGUUUUGAAUCAUAGCAUUGCAUAGGCAGUUGUGGCUCUUUAUCUUCUGCUAUCUUCAGGUCGUUGGAUAUUAGGAAUUGCCGUGGAUCUGAAUCCUCCACUUUCUGUGCCAAAAAUCAACGUUUUUCAAGCCUUGACAAGUUGUCAACGGUGGAAGCAAGAAACAAGUUUGUUGACAAACUGAAAGAGAGAUCAGAGAUGGGACUGAGGAAGCUGUGGCAGUAUAGGAGCAUAGUCAAAGAAGCAUGGGAUCAAACCAUGGCCGUGGCAACGUUGCUCUGCGGCCUCCACGUCACCAACACUUACCUCUGCACCCUUGGUUUGGCCUACGGUCCCAGCAUGCUCCCGACCUUCAAUCUGACCGGUGAUCUCUUCCUGGCUGAUCGUCUCUCCACUAUGUUCGGCAAGGUGGGCCGCGGAGAUGUCGUCCUCGUACGGUCCCCUGAGAAUCCUCGGAAGCUGUUGGCCAAGCGCUUGUUGGGGAUGCAGGGUGAUUCUGUCACUUACGUUGUGGACCCCAAGAACAGUGAUAGGUCCGAGACUGUUGUGGUUCCAAAGGGACACGUUUGGAUAGAGGGAGACAACAUCUAUGCUUCCAGAGAUUCAAGACAAUAUGGACCAGUUCCUUAUGGCCUCGUUGAAGGCAAAAUAUUCUGGAAGAUAUGGCCACCUAAAGAGUUUGGUUCAUUGGGACAAAGCAGAAUGAAGGAUCCAGAUCUAUAAGUUUUUGAAAUGCAGGUACCAUCUGGCUACUACCUCCGCAGCUCAUUACAGUUUGUUGUAGCCUUUGGAUUUUCUAGGUUAUUUAGGAUGUUAGUUGGAAGAGACUUAUGUUUUAGCAAACUCGAGUGAAAGAUUAUUUGGCUCCUAGCAAUUGUAUGACUUCAUCAUGGCUUAAAAGAAGUUGCAUGGAUUUUUGUGAAAAAUGGCAUGCGUUUGUUAAUUUGCAAGUAAA